CACCACCAACUGACAAGUUGCAACAAUCAGCAGCACUUCCAAGCUUAGUGUAGUGUGUGUGUGUGUGUGUCAAUCAAUCAAUACAAACAUGUCCACUGGCCGCCGCUUGCCCAAACGCUCAAUCAUUGGCACCAAAGUGUGCGCUCCCGGUCCAGACGGUCUCUGGUACUCGGGCGUCAUUCAAGACGUUAAGACACUGCCCUCGUCCACGGCAUUGGCCACGCCGCCGGAGCCAAUGCCGCCGCCCACCUAUCUGGAUGCUCAGCUAAACGCGGACACUCGCUAUAUAGUUCGCUUCGAUUUUAAGACACAAUCGGCGGUGCCGGAUUCGUCGGUUAUAGUCGAGACUCGACGCGCUGCCGCCGCAGCCAAUGUGCACAUAAGUCCGGCUCAGGCUUUGCGUCGCAACGUCAUGACCAAAGAGUUCCGUGAAACGGAUCUGAUUGGUCCAGGCUUUCGCUCGAUCAUGGGCAUACAGCUGCAUCCCGGCCAGCGUGUAUUUUUGACAUACAAUGGGCGCGAGCAGAGCGGCGAUGUAGUGCAGCAUGAUGCCAGCAAGGAUGAGGUGACUGUGAAGAUAACCACAAUUGGAAAUGAGGAACCUCUGGAGCUCAAGAAGCGUCUGGAGGAAGUGCGACUGCUGGAGUCGCGACGCUCAGCUCGUUUGGCCGAUCAGGAUCGCGACACGGACUUUGCUCGACUAGCAGACAUGGGUGGUGAUCGUCGACGCACCACACAAGCACCACACAGUAUUGAUGCCACACUGGCGUCCACGCCAAUGUACAACUCACGCAAGCGCUCGCCAAGUGACACCCAAGAUGUGGACAUCAAUGAUUGCAUUGCAGCCACGAUUCUAAUAAAUCUACAAAAGUCGUCGGGCGCUGUUGCCGACUGCUAUGGCUCCAGUCCGGGCAGCAGCUCUUCGGCCUCUUGGAGCUCUGGCUCGGCCUCGCCGCCGCUAAGCGAUGACGGCACUGCGCUUGGUCAUGGCCAUGGCACGUUGUCGCCGCACGACGCGUCGGCUAACGCACGCAUACGCACAACCUCGGUGUCCACCUCCGAUGAGGGUAUCGUGAUGGACUUCAAGGAGGAGCGUAAGAAGAAGGUGAGUGCGUUCUACGCCACAUUGACGCAGUGCUCGACUACGCAACUUUUAGAAAUGCCACAUGCUCCGAAGAAGUUCCGCUGCACCUGGAAGGGAUGCAACAUCACUGAGCUCACACAGGCAAAGAUUGAGCGGCAUGUGCGCAACAAACACUUGGGCAAAAAAGCCAGACGCCCUAUUGACUAUGACUCAAACAGCGAGCACGAGGAGGAGUUCUAUUACGAAGAGGAUGAUGACGAUGAUGAAUUGGUCAAGACGUCUAGUCCAACAUCUCCACCUACACUCAGCCACCGGGACAUGGCACGUCCGCCACACGAGGAUCCAGAAUACCAAAGACAGCUCGUUGGCAACUUCAAGCAAGCGCGCGAUGUAAACUACCGCGAUAUAAACUAUCGCGAUAUCAUCACAAGCAACCAGCCGCAUCUGCAGCUACAGGGCAGCACCACCAGUUGCUUGUCAUCAUCGCCGCUAGCACACCACAGUUACAAUUGGCCAUCUAAUGCUGCGAUAACAGUGAGUGCAUCUACAACGUCCCACCAGGCGAGCCCUGGAAACGGCAGCACCACUUCGGCGACACUCAGCAAACAUGCGCGCCCCUCGUCGCGUCCGUCCCACUCGACUGCGCCAUAUCCAUCGCCGACAUACGUCCACCAUCAUCACCACAAUUACAGCAGCAGCAGCGUUGGCAGCGCUAUCAGCAACAGCAGCAGUAGCAGUAACAGCAGCAAUAGCAACAGUCCGGUCAUACACGGCAACAACAGUGCCAACAACAUGUUGCAGCAAUUGUCGCAGCAAAACGUAACGGUGACAGCCCAUCACAACAACAAUCACAGCCACAACCAUAGCAGCAACACCGGUCAGUUACCGCAACAGCAGCAGCAGCAGCAGCAACAACAACAACAGCAGCACCACCUGUCUGGCGUGACAAUUACGCCGAACUACCAUCCACCACAGCAGCAGCAGCAACAACAGCAACAACAUGGGCGUAACCAUCAACAGAUAUCAGCAACUGCCAGCAACACUUUGGUUGCCAAUUCCGGCCAACAGGCGCCGCUGCAGCAUGUGGCUGUGCAGCAGGUAGUUAGUGCUGCCAAGCACUCGCCCAGCUCUCCCAGCCGACGCACACGUGGCGAGAAUAAAAAGUGCCGCAAGGUCUAUGGCAUGGAGCGUCGAGAUCAGUGGUGCACUCAGUGCCGGUGGAAGAAGGCUUGCAGUCGCUUUGGCGACUGAAAGCGACAGAAAUCGUCGGCGGA